AUGCCCAUGCUUCUUGUUGACAACGAAGCAAGUUCAAUGAGUCGAAGACGGCGGCAUCCAAUAAAAAAGAGGAGAGGAAAAAAGCGAUACUACAAAAAACUGAAUACUGAGCCGACUGACAGUAACUCUCGUCAUACUACGCCACAUAUCACGGUGGUUGAGCCACAGCAGCUCUUAACCGAGAAUGAAGUAUCUGUUGAUCUAGAAAACCUCGGUGAGGACAACAUCGCUCAUUGCUUCAUGACAAAGGAUGAUACCGACCCUAAGCUUGUGGGAAAAUCCAAGCCAGUCGUCUCUUUCUGUCAUCCAGAUACACUUUCGGAACUUCAAUCCAACAGUCCAAGGCUCUCACUAGAAAAGGUCUGUCUGAUCGACGAUAGGACGUGUCAGGGCCUAACCUCGAAGGCGAUUGGUGUUUGCGAGCCUCUCAAUGUUUAUGAGAUGUUCGAAAAGCUGAAGAGAAAGAGGUCUUUUGCGAGGCUGUAUCGGUCAUGGUUGACGGCCACUCUUUUAUCCUCAAGACCUUGA